AUGUCGAAGAGAAAGCUCGAGGAAGACACGCUUGGAUCUGAAGGGAUAAAUCCAGAUUUCAAGCGGAAAAACGACGCCAUGGACCGAAUCGCAGAACAAGCGUAUACUAGCGCAGAGUACAGCGACAUGACGAUAAUUUGCGGUAACGUGGUGUUCCACGCUCAUAAGCUGAUUGUCUGUCCCCAAUCUGAAUACUUCAAAAAGGCCUGUUCCAGUGGUUUCCAGGAAGCUACAGAGCCAAUCCGACUCCCCGAUACGGAGCCGGAGUUGAUGAGAAAGGUCUUGGAGUAUCUCUACACUGGCACAUAUACCCUUGACUUCGAGAAAUCAGAUGGAUGCGACACGUCCCAUGCACCCAAUAAAGGCAACACGAAAAUGGUUCAGUCCGACUCGGUAUCGCACUCAGCAUCGAGCAGCGGAAGAGGCCAGCUUGGGCCAUUCGAAGAAUCUUCUACAAAAUUUGUUUCUGGACCGGAUUCUGAGCCCAAUAGGCUUCGGCGUGAGUCUGUUCCGACCCACUCCCAAGCGAAUUCCUCCAACCCAGGUGAUCAAAUCGCGGAUACCUGGUCCAGUGCAAGGGACUCUGACGGCAAGUUUGUAGCUUCCUGCAUCGCAAACCCAGCAUACUUUCAUCUUCGCAUGUAUGCAGCUGCCGAUUACUUCAUAAUCGGUGGUCUCUGCAUAAUAGCGGAAGCCGAAUUCUAUGGUGCAUUCGCAAAGAAUCCCACGCAGGAGACGCAGGAGAUGCUUGAACAAUCUAUCAAAGAGAUCUAUUCCGAUCGAGCUGACUAUUGUGGCCUGAGAGAUAUUGUUCUCCGCAAGCUUAUGAAGCUCAUUCGAGGCCCCGAGACUGACAAUCUCUCGCUUUUGUCCUCUGACUUCCUGCAGUCUGUCCCCAAGUUCACCACCGACCUGUGCCUGGAGCUCCUCACAUUGGCUAAUCGUCCACUUCUAAAUGUUUCCCAGAGAGCUUCAAAGGAUAAGCGUACUGGCUCUGUGCGUCGCGCUCCUCGAGUGGCCAAUCGCCCACUUCCAGACGUCUCCUAG